UAGUGGGACUUUUUUUUUGUCGUGUAAACUGCUAAUUUGUCUAAUCCGUGCUGUGUUCCUGAAACCCUGAAAUCGGUUUUAAUGAUCACCAUGGCAGAAAUAUCUCACUCAGAUUUCUGAGGCCACCAAAAACUACCAGCCAUGCAGCCAGGAGAACUGCAGCUGCCACAUCAGCGUCCUGAAGGAGGACCUGAAGCCGUUCAGCGACGGCAUCACGAAGGAGCUCAUGAUGGAUACAGUGCGACGUGGUGUGGGCACACACUACCAAAUCAUCAAACACAAACUAUACAGAGAACCGGAGUGCAUGUUUCCAGCAAGGUGUAGUGGAGUUGAGCACUUUAUCCUCCAAGUGAUUGACAAGUUGCCUGAUAUGGAGAUGAUGAUCAACGUGCGUGACUAUCCUCAGGUGCCAUCGUGGGUUCAGCCCAUACUUCCUGUUCUCUCCUUUAGUAAGACACCAAAUUAUUGGGACAUCAUGUAUCCUGCCUGGACGUUUUGGGAAGGAGGACCUGCAGUGUGGCCCAUUUACCCGACUGGACUGGGUCGCUGGGACCUGAUGAGAGAAGAUCUGAAAAAAUCAGCAGCACGAUGGCCGUGGAAAAAGAAAAGCCCCAAAGGUUUCUUCAGAGGCUCCAGGACCAGUCCAGAGAGAGACCCAUUAAUUCUGCUCUCCAGAGAGGAUCCGAGUCUGGUGGAUGCUGAGUACACUAAGAAUCAGGCGUGGAAAUCUGAAAAGGACACCCUGGGUAAACCCCCAGCCAAGGAAAUUCCUCUGGCUGACCACUGUGAAUACAGGUACCUCUUUAAUUUCCGAGGCGUAGCGGCUAGCUUUCGUUUCAAGCACCUGUUUCUCUGUGGCUCGCUGGUCUUCCAUGUAGGAGAGGAGUGGCUGGAGUUUUUCUAUCCUCAGCUUAAACCCUGGGUUCACUACAUCCCGGUGAAACAGGACCUCUCUGACCUCAGGGAGCUGCUGCAGUUCGUCAAGGAAAACGACAAAGCAGCAGAGGCCAUUGCACUGAGGGGCCAGAAGUUUAUCGAGGCUCACCUCCGUAUGGAGGACGUGUCCUGUUACUGGGAGACGCUUCUCACUGAAUACAGCAAGCUGCUCGAGUACAAACCCAAACGCAAAUCCAGCUACAACCAGAUCACCCGCAAACCUGACAGGUCUGAGCUUUGACCUGCAGACGUACAGGAUUGUCCAGAAAACGAGUUCUUCAUUGUUUCUCCUUGACUUUGGCACUUGUUUCCAAACAGAUCAGGCACAUAGAAUGGGGAACAAUAAUGACUAGAAAUUUGGCUUAAUUGUCCAACAUUAUCUGAAAGUGAGGAUUUAGAUUAGAUCAGUUCAGUGGAUUCAGGGUUGAUCAUUCAAACAUUUCACAAUGCUUUAGGUGGUGCUAGUGUGUAGUAAAGGCAACUCUAAUUAUUCUGUGCACCUGCGACUUUUACUGCUCUUUUCUCCUGUGCUGUUGAUCUUAAAAUUACUUUUGUUUAGGUAUUAUUUCCACCAUAUUCCCGGUAUUACGUUUUAAAAUACAGUGUCUAUAUUUUCCAGCACUAACACAUGCUGAACUAUGAAAUGAUAUGAUAAGUACAAUGGUGGGUUUCCCAAAAGCCUCUUAACACUAAGAGCAUCUUAACUAGGAGAGAGAGUGUUCCUUGUGCUGCUCGUGCUACCAUUUAAUGAUGAUCUUUGCGCUACGAUGCUUUUGGGGAAACUCGGCACAGGUUGAAAAAGACUGCUAAACAUCUUAUACGGCACCUUCAAAAUGUGAAAUAACGUGAUAGAAUCCAUGGUAAAGUAUAUAAAAUUCUUUUUACUGCAUACUGCCUAAAGUGUUAGCAGCAGAUCAAGACCAAAUUUCAGCAAAGUUCAUUUCAGGUUAAUUUAGUAAAGCAAUCAAGGAAUUAGAGAGGACUGUGUUUCGUUAAAUCCUGUCACUGAUUCAUUUUUAACCGCAGUCACUUCACAAAUGGUACAGUGGUGCUUGAAGGUUUGUGAACCCUUUAGAAUUUUCUAUA